UAUCAGAAGUAUUUUCAUGGUAUAAUUGCUCAACCAAUCACAAAAUUAAAUGGAAUUAGUUAUCGUUAUAUAGAAAUAUACUUAUAUCGGUUCAGUAUAAUUUGGUGUUAUUGGUGGUAACUGAUGGUAACACUGAAAAAUAAGUACAAAGUUGCAAAAAUGUCUGUGUUGGUCGUUGCUUCGUGAAAUUUUUAUUUAUAUGUUAUUUACCUAUUGCCUUAUUACAGGCAAUGGGAUAAACAAAUUUUUCGAAACAUAUUUUUAAUUAGAAGCUCUACAUAAAACAGGCAUAAUGUUAAGCAGUAUUAUGAAACAUGUUUUACAUUGUUGCUUACUGCUCAUUGUUAUUCUUAUAUUUGAAUUUGUCUCUGGGGGAUUACAAUGGAACAUUGAUAAAACAGAACAAUUAGAUCCCUGGGUCAGAUAUGGAUUUUUUGGUGCUUUAAUAUUAUAUCUGUUACGAAGUGUGACUUUUCUUUCACUUCCUCAAGUUCUAUUUAAUUUUGUUGGAUUAACGAUUUAUAAUGCAUUUCCGGAUAAAGUUAUUCUGAAAGGUUCACCACUAUUAGCACCAUUUAUUUGUAUCAGAAUAGUAACACGUGGAGAUUAUCCACAAUUAGUCAAAACUAAUGUAAAUAGAAAUUUAAAUAAAUGUAUAGAAGCAGGCCUUGAGAACUUCCAAAUAGAAGUAGUAAGUGACAAACCAAUAGGGUUGGUAUCUCAUCGUAGAAUUACAGAAAUUGUUGUACCUGCAAACUAUCGCACAAGUAGUGGUGCUUUGUUUAAAGCACGUGCUUUACAAUACUGCCUUGAAAAUUCAGUAAAUGAAUUAGCUGAUCAUGAUUGGAUUGUACAUUUGGAUGAAGAAACUUUAAUGACAGAAAAUUCUAUUCGUGGAAUAUUAAAUUUUGUAUUGGAUGGGAAACAUCAAUUUGGUCAAGGCCUAAUCACAUAUGCAAAUGAAGAUGUUGUUAAUUGGAUUACAACAUUAGCAGACAGCUUUAGAGUAGCAGAUGAUAUGGGAAAAUUAAGAUUACAAUUUACAAUGUUUCAUAAACCAUUAUUUAGUAUGAAGGGUUCUUAUGUUGUCACUCAGAUGGCAGCAGAGAGAGAAGUUUCAUUUAACAAUGGUUUAGAUGGAUCUGUUGCAGAAGAUUGCUUCUUUGCCAUGAAAGCCUUUUCACAGGGGUAUACGUUUAAUUUUGUAGAUGGAGAAAUGUGGGAAAAAUCACCAUUUACAUUAUGGGAUUUUGUACAACAAAGAAAAAGGUGGCUACAAGGUAUAUUACUAGUGGUCCAUUCCAAAGCAAUUCCAUUGAAAAAAAAAUUGCUACUAGGUAUAUCUUGUUACUCAUGGAUAACAAUGCCCUUAUCUACUUCUAAUAUUAUUUUAGCAUGGCUAUGUCCUAUUAGUUGUUCUCCACUUAUAGAUUUUUUGUGUGCUUUUAUAGGAGCCGUAAAUAUUUAUAUGUAUGUAUUUGGAGUAGUUAAAUCAUUUUCUUUAUAUCGUUUUGGUAUUAUUCAUUUUUUAUUAUGUUUGUGUGGAGCAUUAUCAACUAUUCCUUUUAACUUAAUAAUUGAGAAUGUUGCUGUAAUAUGGGGUUUAUUUGGUAAAAAACAUAAAUUUUAUGUUGUUAACAAAGAGUACAAACCACCUAUAACUGUAUGAUUGUUUAAGUACUGUGUGCUCAACAACGUAUCAUAUGUGCAUAUAAUCGGUACCUGUAAGUCUAUGAAAAUAGCAAUAUCAAUAUCGAAAAAAUAUCAAUAUAAAUAGACUUACAACAUUGAUAAGUGGAAAAUGUUUGGAACUUAAAAUGUUUAAUUACUUAAAUAAGUAUGUAAAGUUUUACUAGGAAACCAAAUAAUGUAUCUACAUUCAGUUGUAAUCUAAUAAGGUAAUAUUUAUUUAUUAUUUUAAAAAGGUCUUAGUAUUAUUAGUUUAAUAAAUUUUUCAAUAAUAUUGAUCAUUAUUAUUGCAUAUUUAUUUUCCAAAGCAUUGUGAAAUAGCAAUAUAAAUAAAGCUUGAAUUUGUUCUUUUAUAACAUACAAUUUUCUACAAUUUAUAGAAUUGUUAAGAUAAAAAAGUAAAUUAAAAUUGCAUGAAAUUGAAUCUAAAAAAACAUAUUGUUAUUAAAAAAAAGCACUUGUAAUAUAUUUCAAUCAUAUACAUACUUUCUUUUCAUUUUUAAUAUUAUUAUUUGUCAGUUAUUAUUUAAUAUAAUUACAUACUUUUAUAAUCAAAAAAUAUUAAUAUCAUCUGUGAUAGAGAUAGAGGGAGAGAGAUGUCUAAUGGAUUAAUCUUCAUUUCUACUUUGUUAACUUUUUUAAUCUAAUUACAUAUUUUCUAAAGAAAUAAAAUAUAAAAGCUAAGUGCCUCCAAAAGAACAAACAUAAAAGAUUGCAAUGAGGUCAACACGAUACAACAAUUCACAUAAUACCUACUAUUCUUAUAAGUAUCCAAUUAGACAUCUUUGAUUCUAUGAUAUAAAUAUUUGUAUGUACGAAGUAAUGUUAUGAAUUUAAUUCUAUUAUAUUACAUUAAAUCUUUACAAGGUAUUACGUAUAAAAUACUUAAAUUAUUUGAUUAGUUAAUAAGACAGAAAAUUAAGAAUUUUUGAAAAUAAAACUACAUAUAUAAUAAAUAUUUAUAUUACAUUUACUCUGAUUUAAUAUGUAUUUUGUAAUCAUACUACUAAAAUAAUAUUUCUAAUAUUUUAUAUAAUCGAUCAUUUCUAAAUUUUGAGUUUUGACUUUUAUAAACAUUCAUUUUCUUUGAAUGUCGUUUGAAUUAAACAAUCAAACGUGGCUAUUUCUAAAGAUUUCAUAUUUUAGGAAACAUAUUUAUCUACAAUAAAAGCGGACAUAAAAGAAAAACAUAAUGUAUCUUCCAAAAUAAAACAAAAAAAAGUUAUUAUUUCCCUCCAAAUCUAUUCAAUUUUUUGCUAUUUAAAAAGUUUCAAUCAAUAGAGUGUUGAAGAAUGUGUAUUAUAUUAUUUUCAUAUGUAUCAACAUAUCCAAUAAGUGAAAACAACAUAUAGAGCAAAAAUGAAAUAAAGUCAUGUUGAAACAAUUUUAAUUCCAAUUUAAAGUAAAUAUUUUUUUUUAUAAUAUUCUGAAAUGAUGUUUUUAUAAGAAAUUGUUAUUCUAAAUUUGUGCCUCUUGGAUCUGUGUUUUGUUGCUUCAUGUAAUGAUAUAUUCAAAUCUUAAUAUUUAGUGAAGUAAUAAGUAGUAGAUAAGAUUAUUCAAAAAGACUUAAGCAAUCUAGUCAUAAAAUUUAAAAGAAUUGACACAUUACUAACUAUAGAAAUGUUUGUAACAAUAAUACUAAAUGUAUUAAAUGUUUAUUACUAUGUCUAUACCAUUUAUUUUUAGUAUAUAUCUUACAUGUGAAAGAAUGUGUGUCUUUAAGAAAGUAAUAUGUAAAUAUCAAAAAAAUUAAGUUUAAUAUCGAAAAUUAUUAAUUAGAAUAUUUAAAAAUGUAUAUAUGUCUUAACAGACAUAUACAUAUAUAUAUAUAUAUAUACAAACUUGAUUUAUGUUAAUAAAAUCAUUGAAUAUUAGUUUAAAAAGCAUUCAUUGCAUAUAUAAUAAAUACUAUGAAACAAAAUAUUAAAAUGAAUAUACAAAUAUA